AAGGAACAUACUGACAAGUCAGUUAUAAAUAAUACUUCGUCAUACAAGGAUAACGAGGUGUGCAAGAUAGCAUAAGUGGAGAGCCUGGGCACGAAAAUGAUGAAGCAAUUGACGAUAAGUGUCGUCGAAAGAGUGCAAAGAUGCCUCAUAAAAAAAGCCUAUUCGACAGAAUUUUACAAGGAUGUCUCUAACGAUACAAUCUCUCUGUCUCAGGAACGUGACUUCGCUCAACUAAUUAAAAUAAUUGAUGAAGACAAUGAUAAAUUUAAAAUCGUUAAUGAAUCAUGCAAGAGCAAAUCUACGUCAUUGGAGAUGGACAAAGACGAUGGAUCAUAUGACACAUACUAUGAGAUGGAGGUAGGUCCUGCUGUUCCAACAAAUGAGAUUACUGAAUCUUCAUCCGAGGAGCUUGAAAUAAACGGUGUACACUCGAGUUAUAAUGUCGAUAGUAACGGCUUAAAUCAUUUAAAGAGCAAUCAAGAUUUACAACCUUUCGCACAUUCUUUAAAAUUCAUCAAAAGGAAAGCAGACUCAAUUUCAAGAGAAAUCAGGAAAAACGAUGGAAAAGCGUUGUUCUGUAAAUUUGCACCAUGUACCUUUGCUAACCUAAAACUGUUGUUGACUAUCUUACAAAUUUAUUUUUGUCCUGUACAACUGAUUCAAAAAUUGGGUCAGAUUUCGUUGGGGACCAAGUUUGUGAUGAUAAUUUUGGAGUUGCUGAAAUAUGAGGAUUUGAAAAAACAAAUGAAAGAAGAAAAUGUGGAUUGGAAAAAACUAAUGAAUGAAGUAAAUGUGGGUUGGAAAAAACUAAUGAAGGAAGUAAAUGUGGAUUGGGAAAAGCCAAUGAAGAAAGUGCUAGCAAAACUAAAAAAAACGACGAUGAUGCCAUGUACAAACAUACUUAUUGCCCUACAAAAAAAAGGCUUCUUAACAUCAAUCUUCAAAAAAGAGGUCGGUGUUGGCAGAAAGCAGUAUUUUCUAAAUACAGCUAUUAAUGAAUUUAAAAUGUCGCAGCAUAAAGCAGGACUUAUGAUUUAUAUCACUGCCUAGAAGAGUCAUUGUGUCGUCUUGAUUAUGGACGAAAAUGGUGAAGAAGUGAAUAUUUACGACGCUACUAUCAACGAAGACGAAGUCGAAAAUUUGGAAAAUCUUCAGAGCUUACAAAUCCUCGUAUUGACUUAUACGAAUGAUAAGAUACCACUCAUUGAAAAAGAAUGGUUUAUGUGCAAAGAGUGUUUUUGUGCAAAUAACUAUGUUAAAGCGCACAAAAACAAUAUCUCCACUAAUUAACUGGAUUUUUCUUUUUUAUAGUGAUUUGUAAUCAAUUUUGUAAUGUAUGUAGUAAGUUGUCACAGUUUUACAGUAUAUUAAUUGGUGAGAUGUCAAAUUUUUGAGUAUCAUAUAAUCACAAUGAUCUUUUUCUUAAAAAUCGUUUGUUUAAGUGUAAAUUUUGUGAGAACUUUUGGUAUAACUAUGUAUCGUUAUAGUUAAUUGCUACGUAUAACAUAUUUUUAAUAAUAAUAAUACUAAUAAUGAUAAUUAUGAUGAUGAUAAAUUAUUUUUGAUUGCAAAGAAAGCACAUUGCACAAUACAACUGAGCGGCGUGAAUAAUAGAUUCAUCUACUGUAGGAAGAUCUUAAGAAGCUAUAGAAAAAUUGCACAAAGCUCACACAAAACUCUCCCUCAAAAAGGAACCCAGACCCAUUGCGCGAAAGACUUUUAGAUAAUUCAAUGCAAAAUAUGACCAUUUAAGUUUGUAAGUAGCCAGUCAUCUCAUUUUUUGUAUAAUUUCCAUUUCUCAAAAUC